AUGGCUGGGGGCUGUUUUCUUUGUAUUUUUUUGUUUAUUUCCAUGGAUGUAUCUGAUCUAAUUGGAAACAGUCUUGCAGGUGUUCUAUCUGCAGGAAGCGCUAUUUUUGUCUGGUUCUUUGGAAUGAAGUACUGCAUCCUUGCUCCAAUGAUUAUUCUGCACUCUUUCUCAAGCUGGUACUGCAGGAAGACGCGCACCCUGCUUGUUCAAAAGGUUUUUUCUGUUUCAAAGUUGGUGUUUUCUAUUUGCACAGUUGCUGGCUUCUUCGUGGUAAGCAAUACUGUGUUCCUAUUGCUCCCAGGAUCAAGCAUGGCAGAGUCCAUCCCUUCCAACAUUGUCUACGCGCUGUACAUAUACCUCUUUCUGUACUUUGGAUACAUAGCAUACAUCCUGCACGGAUACCUCAACCCGGCUCUUGCAGAAGACGAAGAGUCUUCCGAUGUUAUCAGACAUAAUCAGCUGAAAACGCUAACUAGCGUAUAG